UCAUGGCUUGAUCGCCCGCCUUCGAAUCAGCCAACCCAAGACCCAUGCUAUAACCAGCCACCCAGCCUAUACAUUUAUUGGACACUGGAUCGGGCUGCUUGGGCAACUUCUUUAUUACAAAGUAUUUUGACUUGACUGUUGUCAGCUGCUGUGAACAGGAACAACAAUCAUGUCCACUCGCUUUUCCGUUUACUCGGGCCAUUCCGCUGGCCUGUCGACCUCGCGGCCAGGUGCACACUCGCCGAGCCCUGUAACAACAACCACACUUCUGAAUGCGCUGCAUGCCUACUACAACUCGGCUCAAGCAUAUCAGCUCGACGCAGCGACAAGCCUGGUGGUAAAUACCUGGGUCACUGCCUCGCGGGCAACCUCGAACGGACAGGAUGGAGGCACGAUAGACCGUGAGAUCGCGCUCCGGGCCUGGGAGCAUGCACGCCGACGAGCGGAGGACGGCUGCAUUGUGCUUUGUUCCGCACACCAGUCGACCCCUUCCAUAUUGGAGCCAUUCCUGGCAGCCCUGCCACUUUCGACCCCGAGUGUCACCUUCACCGCGCUGACAGCUCUUCGACCCUUCGUCUCCGCCGUCACGUCCUUCAACCCUUCUUAUUCCCUUUACUCCGCCCUUGCUGCUCGCUACUCCUUUAGUCUGAAAGGGGACAUUGUAGGAUUGACGUUGUCGCUGUCAACAUCCGGGAUCAAUGUACGCAAGGGACUUCUUGACAUCGCCCCGGAGCCGGGCUUUCGUGCGUUUGACGUCUUCUACUACCUCCUAGCCUCCGUGUCUACCCCCGCCGAGCGCGAAUUUUUAAACCUGAAGGACGCAUCGGAGUAUUCUCUGCUGAGCAAGUCCGGAACCUACACCCCACCAUCCUAUCUCCCGACCGCGGACGAUGCCGCUGCAGCAGAGGAUUUCCGGGCCGCGCUCAAGGCCAUCGGCAUCAAGGGAGCCUCUUUGCGUGGCCUACUGGCUACACUGGCCGGAUUGCUGAAGUUGGGCGAUGCGGCCGGGUUGCUCGUCGAUCAGGAGGACCUAGAGGAGGCAUGUGAGGAGGUCGGCGGCCUCCUAGGGAUCGACCCGGAAAUUCUAGCCCGCAAAUGCUCGACCGAUGAACGGGAGGUGCUUAUUGCUGGAAUCUACGAAGCCCUCGUCGAUUGGGUCAUUGGCAAAGCGAACGAGGCCAUUUCGAGCGAGCUCCAAGCGAUGCUGGAAAGUAGCCCCAGCAUGAGCGGUGGUUCCGGCCCUGGAGGUCAAUGGACUGACGACGACACUGUCGCCAUCACGGUGGUGGACAUUCCUCGACCCGCCCUGGGCAAAGCAUUGGCAAUGAGAGAAGUCUUCGACGAUAGCAUUGGUAUAAACGCGGAAAUGAAGGAGGACGGCGUCAGCGUUCCUGCGGUUGGACAUGCAGUUUCCAACGACGUGAACGCGGCAGUUGCACAGGUCGAGCCCGACCUUGGCAUUACCACCGGAAAUGCCUGGCGAGAACGUGAAUAUGAAAUCGCGCGGCGACAGGAGGUACUCGAGAAAGUCGGCUUCGAGGUGGAAGGGGACUCUUUCCUCCGACGCCUUUUACUGCCUGUCGAGAGCGAAGGUAUCACGGUUGGCCAAAAGGGCCGCUUCGAUCUCAUCAACACUCUGGGAAGUAGCAGAGUGUGGCAUCACAUCUCUUUGCACCCAACGGACGAGCUUCCCCAGAAUCUCAACCCCACCCUCCCGGCUGCCGGCUGGUCGGCGGCGGCAGUCUCCCGUCAAUUGCGCGAAUGGCGGUUUGCUGAAUGGGCCAACAGACGACUCAAACAUCUCGAUUUCACCGCGGAUUUCGAUGUGGACGAGUUCGUGAGCCGUUACCACCGCCUUGGCUGUGCCGACGGCAGGGAGGGGGUUGAAAGCUGGUUGAUGGAAAGAGGAUGGACCAAUGGCGACGCGUUCGUCGGUCACCAGCGUAUUUGGAUGCGAGAGAGCGCUUGGUGGGAGGCUGAAACGAUGCUCGAUCUCAAACCGGACGAGUCGCCGCCAGUGAACCCGUUUAUCUACGGCAGCACUAUGCUUGAUCCGCAUUACGCCGGGACUCCCGUCGUAGAAUCGACUAGCCUUCUUGGAAGCCGGGAUAACCUGCUCCAAAGACAAAGUACUCUCGUGCCCAGUGUUCAUGGCGGCCUGGCCAAGUCUAUUGCGCCCAGUGUCCCCAACACUCUUCACAUGAGUGGAGGCGACUACGGCCUCGGCAGCAAAGGUGAUACGAGGAAAUGGGACGAGGAUUAUGCCCGGUACGAAGGCGAGCUUGAUCCGGAGUUCGGCGACGGCAAGCACAUCGAGAAGAAGCCCAUCACCAAGGUGCGACGUGCCUGGGUUGCCUUUGUGUGGGCGUUGACCUUCUGGAUCCCCUCUUUCGCCCUCCGCUGGUUUGGUCGCAUGAAACGUCCUGACGUCCGGAUGGCCUGGAGAGAGAAGUUCGUUCUCGUCUUCCUUAUCCUGCUGUUCAACGGCAUUGUCUGCUUCUAUAUCAUCGCUUUCGGCGACCUUCUGUGUCCGAACAAGAACAAAGUCUGGAACGAAAAGGAGCUUAGUUGGCAUGUGGGCAACAAUGACUUCUACGUCAGUGUCCAUGGCAACGUAUACGACAUCAGCAAGUUCUGGCGUAAACAGCACAGUGACAGCAGUAUCGAGACGACCACCUCCAACAUGAAGCCGUUCGCCGGAGAGAUCCUGGAUCCGUACUUCCCUCCUCCGCUGACUCGUUUCUGUGGUCACUUUGUCACGGAAUCGUCAAUUCAAAUGCAAUACAACGACACCAGCGCCAUUGAAUACCCCAAUGCGGAACACAAGUGCGGUCCCUAUAACACUCCAAGCACGACCACGGCGCUACACAACAUCACUUGGUACGAGGAUAUCUUCCUGCCCAAGAUGAAAGGGUACUACAAGGGGCCUCUUGUUUGGACCAGGACGAAGGUCAAGGAGGAGGCUGACUCAAGUUCGCGGUACUGGGUCAUUGUCAAUGAGAAGAUUUAUGAUCUGACGGAUUAUUUCUACACGGCGGAUUUGUUCGAUGACAGCAACGGUUAUGACUAUCUUCCUAGCAGCGUGACCACGCUUUUCAAGAACUAUGCCGGUGAAGACGUCACGUCGAAGUGGGGAAACAGCACGGAUUUCCGCAAUGCCCAAACAUGCCUAGACUACGUUUUCUACAAGGGCAAAGUCGACUUCCGCAACAGCCCGAGGUGUACGGUCAACAACUGGAUCUUGCUGGCAUUCACGGUGAUGAUCUGUGCUGUGAUUGUUGUCAAGUUCCUUGCCGCUCUGCAGUUCGGUACCAAGCGUCGGCCUGCUCCGCAAGACAAGUUCGUUAUCUGCAUGGUCCCUGCGUACACCGAGGGUGAGGAUGCGCUGCGGCAAGGUCUGGACUCGCUUACUGCCCUUGAAUAUGAUAACAAGCGGAAGCUCAUCUUCGUGAUCUGUGACGGUAUGAUUGUCGGUGGUGGUAAUGACCGGCCAACUCCCAAGAUCGUGCUGGAUAUCCUUGGCGUGGAUCCCAAGAUCGAUCCUCCUGCGUUACCCUGCAAGGCCAUCGGACAAGGAAACGAGCAACUGAACUACGGAAAGGUAUACUCUGGUCUCUACGAAUAUGAAGGCAAUGUGGUUCCGUACAUAGUUGUGGUUAAGGUCGGUAAGGAGUCGGAGCAGAGCAAGCCAAAGCCUGGAAACCGUGGCAAGCGUGACUCGCAGAUCCUAUUGAUGCAGUUCCUGAACCGCGUUCACCAUCGCUCCCCCAUGACGCCGCUUGAGCUUGAGAUCUUCCAUCAGAUCAACAACGUGAUUGGCGUUGACCCCGAGCUGUACGAAUACUGCCUGAUGGUGGACGCCGAUACUAGUGUUCGGGAAGAUUCCCUGAAUCGACUUGUCGCUGCAUGUGCCAAUGAUGCGCGGAUUGCCGGUAUCUGUGGCGAGACCAGUCUUCAGAACGAGGAGCGGAGUUGGUGGACGAUGAUUCAGGUCUACGAGUACUACAUUUCUCACCAUUUGGCGAAGGCAUUCGAAUCGCUGUUCGGCACCGUCACCUGUCUUCCGGGAUGUUUCUGCAUGUAUCGCUUGCGCACCGCCGACAAGGGUCGCCCCCUCAUCAUCUCCGAUCAGGUCAUCGUCGAAUAUGCUGACCCUGAAGUGGACACCCUUCACAAGAAGAACCUUUUGUCUCUGGGAGAGGAUCGUUUCCUGACCACCCUCAUGACGAAGCAUUUCCCUCACAUGUCCUACAAGUUCAUCCCCGAUGCCUACGCCAGUACGGCCGCGCCCGAGACAUGGUCCGUCCUGCUUUCGCAGAGACGUCGUUGGAUCAACUCCACCAUCCAUAACCUGGUUGAGGUUGCGGCCUUGAAGGAUAUGUGUGGCUUCUGUUUGUUCAGUAUGCGGUUCGUCGUCCUGGUUGAUCUUAUCGGAACGCUCAUUCUUCCGGCUACGUGUGUCUAUCUGGGAUACCUCUUGUAUCUGGUUGGAAGUGGUACGGGUCAGUUCCCGAUCAUCUCGAUCAUUAUCUUAGCGGGUGUGUACGGUCUGCAGGCGAUUAUCUUCCUUCUCAAGCGCCAGUGGCAACACAUUGGAUGGAUGAUCAUCUAUCUGUGUGCCUACCCGGUCUACAACUUCGUUCUGCCGCUGUACUCUUUCUGGAAACAGGAUGAUUUCAGUUGGGGUAACACGCGUGUUGUUAUCGGUGAGAAGGGCGACAAGAAGGUUGUGGCGGUGGAGGAAGACAAAUUUGACCCGCGCAGCAUUCCGCUGCAGCGCUGGGACGACUAUGCUCUGGCCAACAACCUUCCCGGCCGUCGCGGUGACUUUGGCAUGAGCCAGGAGAAGCUGUACUCUGGGCGAUUUGGUGACGAAAUGGCGAUGGAGAUGGACGACAUGCAUUCGCAGUAUUCGUCGGUCAAGCCUGCGUCGACGAUCCUGACGGGCUUCCCCGGGCAGGGCCGCCACAGCAGCCCUUACAUGCCGCCCCAGUCGCCGGCCCCUUUCCUCAACACGCCGGGCAAUCGCCAAUCGCAUCUGUCCAGUUUCACGAGGUACACGGACAACCCUCACCAGAGCAGCCACAACGUGUCGCGCCACAUGUCGAUGGGCAACUUGAGCCAGUUCCAGGACAGCGGCAUGGCGACGAACCGCCACAGUGUGGGAUUGAUGCAGAGCACGGAGAACCUGCUCGGCGGGCCGCGACCCAACUCGCGCAGUCCGGUGGGGGGUUACCCCUCUCGACCGGUGAGCGCGUUCGAUUUCCGCGGGGGCAGCGGGCCGGACGAGGCGUCGAUCACGGAAGCGAUCCGCAGCUGCUUGGCCGAGGUGGAUUUGGACACGGUGACGAAAAAGCAGGUGCGCGCAUUGGUUGAGCAACGAUUGCAAACGACGUUGAUGGGCGACAAACGGGCCUUCCUGGACAAACAGAUUGACCACGAGCUGGCCAAUAUGUAGUGGAGCCGUCAGGGUCUGGUUCAGUCACGGUUUACUUGUAUUUUUGUCAUUUGUUUCAACAUAUACAUAGUAUUUUCGGGCAUGCACGGUGUUGGCGUGAUUAUUCUAGCGAUUAAUGGAUGAUUGGUGCAUACAGGUUGCCAACGUAGGACAUCUUUGA